UUAGGAUAUCAUAAAAAACAUUUUUGUUGAUGGCAGGACACCUCCGCUAUGCGUGUGUGCGCCGGGCGCAUGCACGUCCCUUCAGGCACAGACAAAAGUACCACGAGUCUCUCAAGGCAUGUCCACACAUCGCACUUUGGACUCGCUUUCUCUCCGUUUGCUUUCCUUCCCGUCUGCUCUGCAACUCAGUUGCCACCGAAGUGAACAGCUGUUAAACAGACAAUUUCUCGGCCGUAGAAACGUUUCCUCGAUUCGACCCCUUCGGGCAUGCAAAGGCCACCAGAGUGGACUGUCGUAAGUCUUCCGCUGGCUCUCGAGCGUGCUGUUAGCGCUUCUCUGUCUUUCCUUUGAUACGCGGUCGUCUCGGUCUACCUCUUCUGCCUCUCCCUUCUUCCCGUUAUUCUCUUGAAUCUACCCCCGUCUCUCUGUGCUCGUUCGUCACUUUUUUUCUGUCUGGCUGCUGCCCGCGUUUUUUGGUGGUCGGUCCCGUGAGCAGUGCAUGUGUGUAUUCGUCUCAUCCGCCGUCCGUUCUUCCGUCUUUCCACCCAGUUUUUUCGCUGGUUCCCGCAAAGAAAUUGCCUCGAGCAACUCCGCUUCGUUCUUAAGAGCACCUUUCCCCUUUUCCGCUCUCAGUGGUUUCCACAAUGGCCUACGUUGCAGACCUUUCCUUCCUGUCGGACCCGACCCGCCUCAUCGGCGGACACUCGGCUCUCUGUGACGACGAAGAAAACACCCGACAAGAACUGGCACACCUGCUCGACAACGGAAAGCGGCUUCACUUUGCUCUGCCUCAUGUGCAGAACCCUGGGGCCUUUGCAUGCAGUCUGUUCAAAUCCCCUUCGACGAUCACGUCCAUCGACUUCUCCGCAGUCCAGGGCUUCUGUCCUCCCUCUGCUCAAGCCGGCAGCCCCGUCAUGGCGAUGAAAAAGGGAACAACAACUCUCGGAUUUGUUUUCAAGGGUGGCAUCAUUCUCGCAGUGGACAGCAGAGCAUCGAUGGGGACGUACAUCAGCAGUCAGAGCGUGGUGAAAGUCAUUGAAAUCUCUGACAUCAUUCUUGGCACGAUGGCCGGAGGUGCGGCUGACUGCAGCUACUGGGAACGCCACAUGUGGCUGUUGUGCAAAUUAUUCAAGCUGCGCAAUGGAGAACCCAUCCCCGUCGCCGCUGCUUCUAACAUGCUCGCAAACAUCUUCUUUCACUGGAGAGGCUACGGACUCUGCUGUGGCACCAUGAUUGCAGGGUGGAAUGAGAAGGACGAAAAACCAGAGCUGUACUUUGUCGACGACAAGGCCACGCGGCUCAAGGGCGACCUCUUCUCAUGUGGCAGUGGUAGCACCUAUGCAUAUGGAGUUCUCGACAACGAGUACAAAUGGGACAUGACCGACGAGGAGGCUGUUGAGCUGGGCAAAAGAGCCAUUUACCAAGCAGCGCACAGAGAUGGAGGCUCUGGUGGCGUUGUCAGAGUGUUCCACAUCCACCGCGGCGGCUGGAAAAAGGUUAUCCCCGGCAUGGACGUCAGCGAACUGCACUACGAAUACGCAGCCAAGAAAGGAAUGCCCGGCUACGAGUUGUAGUUGCGGCUUGUUUCUCCGCCCAGAUUUCUACGCAUGCGUAGUUGCGAUUUAGCGGGGAACGCCUGUCCUCUGCCUGUGCCGCGACUCUGUUCCUUUUCAGCCUGGCCAUGCGGUUGUACCGGAACACGAACGACUGUAUCAUUUAAUGAAUCGCGCAUGUAUCUGUAACACGUAUUUGUGCGCCUUCACGCACUCUCCGGUCAAACGGACUGCAGCGAGCUCCACUGUGUGAGGCGAAGUCUCAGACCCGCUUCGCUACGAACUCUGUCCCGUCAGUUUUCACUUUUGUCGCAGUUCCGAUGCGAGACAAAAGCCUUUUUGCUUCUCCUUUCACGAAAAUGCUGUAAAACUGCGGGCUAGACGAAAUUAGCCCAGCUGCAGAGAUUUUGACUGAUCGGGUGACGGGGUCUGAGUAGGCGCAGAUCAUUGCCGGCACGAUGGAAACUGCAUGCAGAAUCUUUUCCACGCAAGUGUGUGGACAGCGACAUUUGUACGCUUGGAGGCUAAGAGAGUGAAUGUAAAGGUGGAUAGUGCUUCUCAGUUAUUGUCCU